AUGCUGAUUGUUCAGGGAUACGAGUCCAGCGAUGGUGACGAGUCGGAUAAGGACCGUCAUGAAAGUCUAGCUGUUGGUGUAAUAACUGAACAAAGUGCUUCGCCCAUAAGAAGCACCACCAACAAACUGAAGAGAACAUUUGCAGGGUCAAUAGAACAAGUCCACUAUGAUGCAGCAUUGUUCAAGUCGACAUCUACAAGUCAAGACCGAUCCCAAGCAAAGAAAUUGAAGAGGGCCAGAAAGAAGAAUAAGGACGACUAUUUAGGGCCUUGGGCAGCGUGGGACCAAAGUGAACCUGAGCCGGAACACGAACAGGAAAGUAACGAGGCUCAUGGACUAGAAAGUGAUAAGGAAAAUGAUCGAGAUGCUGAGAAUGAAGAGAAUGUGGACGAAGACGAUCUGGACGACUCCUCUGUUGAAACCACCCAAUUUUUUGGAACGAAGAAAGGCGACUAUUUGGGAAGAUCCUAUCUCCAUGUUCCUACAGACGUUAACAUUAAUCUCAAGCAAGAUCCAGGUUCCCAUCAGUGCUUUGUACCCAAGAAACUCGAACAUACAUUCGCAGGUCAUUCCAAAGGAAUCAACAAGCUUGAGUUGUUCCCAAGGUCUGGUCAUUUGAUGCUUUCUGCGGGUAACGAUCCGGUCAUUCGAUUAUGGGAUAUGUACCAUGAUCGCGAACUUUUAAGGGAGUACUAUGGUCACAAACAGGCAGUGAAAGAUGUGGUUUUCAAUAAGAUUGGAGAUAAGUUCUUAAGUUGUGGCUACGACAAAUUAAUUCAUUUGUGGAACACAGAAAGUGGUAAAAUCGAAAAGACGAUUAGGGUUAAAGCAAUUCCCAACGUUAUCAAGUUCAAUCCUAAUAAUGAAGCAGAAUUUAUUGUAGGAUUGAGCAAUCACAACAUUGAACACUAUGACAUGAGCACCUUAAGCUAUGAAGUGCCCAUUCAAACAUAUGACCACCAUCUUGGAGCUAUCAACUCGUUGACAAUAAUAGAUGACGAAAAACGGUUCAUAUCCACAGCAGAUGACAAAACUGUGCGUUUCUGGGACUGGCAAAUUAACAUCCCCAUCAAGUUUAUUUCUGAUCCUUCACAGCACUCGAUGCCCACCUCUGCAUUAUAUCCAGGUGGUGCAUUUGUUGCGCUACAAUCAAUGGAUAAUACCAUUCAGACAAUUCAGGGACGUGGUAAGUUUAGAACCAACAACAAAACCUUCAGAGGCCAUAACGUAGCUGGCUAUGGAAUCGACAUUGACUUCUCGCCCGAUGGAAAGCUCAUAGUCAGUGGUGACUCUAAAGGAAAUAGCUACUUCUGGGAUUGGAAAACUUGCAAAUUGGUAAAAAAGUUAAAGGUCAGUACCAGGGUCAUAAGUAGCAUCAAGUUCCAUCCUCAAGAGCCUAGUGGUGUAGUAAUGGGAGGAAUGUCUGGAGAGAUCUAUUACUAUGCAUGA